CCCAGCGAACGCGCUCGUCCGAAGCCCGAGUCACCCGAACCAGCACACACGACCUCAGUGUAAAGUCGCCAUUUUCUCUGAAUACGGACGUAGUGUUGAUGUUAAACUGGUGUUAUUUUUGUCCAAAUAAGCGUGGGCUCCUUUACCUUUAUGUUCGGGUUGUCCACAAAUGGCUUGCUUGAAUACGUUGAAGCAAGAAAUCAAAACCUUAGAGUCUGUUUUCCCUAAGAACCAUGAAAGGUUUCAGAUAGUGUCAGCCAGUGUCGACGAGUUGAACUGUAGAUUCAUUGGAAAAAAUGGCAAGAAAUACGAAAUUCAUGCUAAUAUAACGGAAAACUAUCCUUCCACACCUCCUGUAUGGUUUGCCGAUUCGGAAGAAACGAGUGUUACAAAUGCUGUGCAGAUUCUGAGCAACACCACUGGAAGGGAUAACCAUGUUAUUAAUCAAGUUGGCAUCCUUUUGAGGGAACUGUGCCGUUUACACAGCUUACCAGAGCUAUCAGAUGUAGAUAGGUUGGUUAUACCUGUGCCCCAUAGCAAUCACACAAAUAGUGGGGCUUCACCUGCUGCGAAACCUGCCGAAAGUAUUGAAAGAGACUGUGAUGAUGAUGAGGAGGAAGAGGAAGAAAAUGAAAAUGACGAGCUUGAAGAUGAACACUUUGAAAUGGAGGAAGCUGAAAUAGUACAGAAAAACAAGGCGGACGAUAUGGACAUAGCAAAUUUAGCACACUUGGAACGACUAAGAAACAACCAGCGGCAAGAUUACUUAAAAGGGUCAGUGUCAGGGUCCCUUCAAGCCACUGAUCGUUUAAUGAAAGAACUACGGGAUAUAUAUCGUUCCGACACAUUCAAGAAAGGCAUGUACAAUAUUGAAUUGGUUGGAGACAGUUUGUAUGAGUGGAACAUCAGGCUGAUGAGUGUGGAUCCUGACUCACCUCUUCACAACGACUUGGUGCUUCUUAAAGAAAAAGAGGGAAAAGACUCCAUUCUUCUCAACAUGCUUUUUAAGGAAUCCUACCCCUUUGAACCUCCAUUUGUCCGUGUGGUUCAUCCUGUUAUUAGUGGUGGAUAUGUUUUGGUUGGUGGUGCUAUCUGCAUGGAACUCUUGACCAAACAGGGCUGGAGCUCGGCUUAUACUGUAGAAGCUGUUAUUAUGCAAAUAGCUGCAACUCUUGUUAAAGGCAAAGCUCGUAUCCAAUUUACAUUACCCAAGAGCCAAUACAGCCUGGCCAAAGCACAACAGUCUUUCAAGUCCUUAGUUCAGAUUCAUGAGAAAAAUGGCUGGUUUACUCCACCCAAGGAAGAUGGCUAAUUUAAUGUGACAGCGAUUGGCUCACCAGUUGCAGAUAAAGACUGACGGUCAUUUCAAGCAUCCGCAUAAUAGAAGGUUAUGGAGACAGCUGAUCAUUUCCACUGCCCACUUAUGCAAAAAGCUACAUGUGCAUUGAUGAAGGUUUACCCCUACUUGUUUUAACUCAGAAUUAAAUUCCUAUUUUUGUAAGCUGCUUUUGUAAUGUAUCAAUUGGGAGUCUAUGUUCUUUAUUUUAAACACUAGCACUAAUCUUUUUGGCUCAAUAUUUUGAAGUUGCAUUGUGUCAUUUGCCUUGUAAUGUAAAUGGACAGCAGUAGUUAUGUGCUUAGUGUUGUGGUUUCUGCAGAUUAAAUUAACUUGGGUCAAGUGGUUAUGAUCAGUCACGUCCUUCAUACCAUGUCUACAGCAAGAAAUCACCACUCUUCAGUGCAGCUCAGUAUGAUGUGACUAACGGAGAAGAAGACAAGUCAUUGAAUCUGGACACUAAUUUAGAGUGAAGUUUUGAUGAAUUCUUUUUUCUCCAAUAGCUCUCUGCGAACAUUGUGAUAUUGCUGUGGCCUGUGCGGCAUAUUGUGUGAUUGCUGUAAAAAGUACAAUAGUUACCAUAGGUUCUACAUGUUGGAAUCGAAUCAUCUGCUUACUUCUGGGUGGCAAAAUUUCGAGCAGAGUGGACCUCCCUUUCUCACAUAGUCACAGGAGAUACGUUGUUGCUUCCAUUCCGUGGUGGUGCCACAUGUGAAUCUUCGGAACUACUCCCAUGAUAAAAUUUGAAGUUGUGUGAGGGUAGAAGUGUGAUCAGUUAAUUAUAUUUAGGUUUUCAUGUGUAAAUUCUCUUGCUUUCUGUUGUCUUAUGUGUAUUUUAAUUAAUUUUUCAAGCUAUUUAGGGGAUCUUGUCAAAUUGUGCAAGUUUUCCUCUAGUGGCUCCAAUUUACUGACUUGACUUAUGUUAAGAACGCUCUGACCACCUGUUUGUACAUAUGUUUUGUAUUUUGUGUGGAGGGAAGAGACGUGUAUGGAGUUAUGUAAUUUAUCGCUAUGGGCUCCUUUCUUCCUUUCGCCAUUCUUACCCUGCCAGUUGCCCGUGAGUUAUUGGCUUUUUUCUGCAAUUUGUUUAUGCAUUGUUUUAAUUCCAUCAUUUUACGAAUAUAUAUAUAUUAAAAACAAAGUUUAGCACAUAUUGUAUAUUGUUUUAAGUAAUACAUCCAGUUUAUGUUGCUUUCGUUACACCAACUUGAGCCGCUGCACUAUAAACUGGCAAUGAAUAUUAAAACACAAAAAAAUUCUAGUAAAUGUUAGCCACCCUCUUGUGUGUUUCAUUGAAGGUUUAGUGGUAUCUGCCAGAUGAAUAAAUUUCCAAUUUGUUGA